AUGACCUCAAGUGUCACAGUGACCUGCAGCAGUGAGGGCACGAAGCCCUCCUCCGUCAACAUGGACCCUCUUUCUGUGAAUCAAAGUACUUCAAGCAAUACGGCUUCAGGGAGAGUCUACACCGCCGACAAUGCAGCUAUCAAUGAUCUCUCACCCGAAAACCCCUCUCACACAGAGUCUACCCUUCAACAGCCCAACGUGGCCUCUUCGUCUGGCGAAACAGGUCUCCCUCCCUCCAAGAACGACACCGAAUCUGGACAUCGGCGUUCUACUCUGGCGGAUAUCCUCCUCUCCCGUAGGUUUAUACCUAUAACCGCCACCCUAUGGUCCACAUAUACCUAUCUGAGGGAGUAUAUGUACAACUCCGAGCAAGUCUCCUUGCUCACUCACCCGGACAUGGCGAUCCUGGGGAGAACUCAACGGUCACUGCGACCCGUUCAUCACCCGGUGUCGGGGGACCUGUUAUGUCGAUCAGCCGCUUUGAGGACAUGCGUAGGAGCAAUGAGGGGUGGAAGCGUCACGAUACUCCAUAGGACGUUGAAGGAGUUACUCAGAUCCAAGGACUGA